AUGGCUGAUGCGUUCCAGUUUUUGUUAGGAUUGAUCGGAGCCUCACAAUGUACAAGCUACAAUGGUCUCAUGGUUGCUCGCGUUUUUCAGGGACUGGGAAGUGGUGUCUGUGAAAGUCUUCCAGUACAGCUGGUGAACGAUAUCUUCUUCAUUCAUGAGCGUGGGAAGAAAAUAGACUACUAUACCAUUUGCCCAUGCCUGGGAUCAACAGGUCCUCUUUACGCAGGGUAUAUGCUCGGUGGGGGUUAUUCAUGGCGCCUUUUCUUCUACGUUGAGGCGGCCUUUGCGGCUGCUGUGCUUGUCAUGGCGUUUUUAUUCGUUGAAGAAUCGACAUACCACCGCGAGACUCAACCAACGCCAGAUUUGUCCUUAACGGACUCAUUGGAUAUCGGAGAGAAAGAUAUAAAGCUGAAUUACCCUCAGCUAUCUUUCCAUGCUUCAAUACGCACUGCCCCAAUGCGGAAAAGCUAUUUUUCAACCCUCAAACCAUGGAGUGAUGUUGAUCAUGAUGCUGAAUUCACGAUGACCAUGCUACGGUCAUUCACAUACUUCCUUGUUCCGGCCGUUUCUGGGUCAUCGUAA